ACUGUUACUUUGUCUCAGUCUCACCCUCCAGGUUCUUACGCCUACGAUCCAUCUCCACAGGCCUUGCUCACCUCCCAGUUUUCUUGAACCUAGAAACCAAUUUCCAUGGCCGAGGAGGAACCUUUAGCUGUUGCGGAGCCGGUUGGCUCCGAGGGAGAAGGGGCUUCACUUCCGGUGAAGGAAAUAGUGGCGGAAGGAACAGAGCGGUCGGAAGAAGGGACGCCGGAAGCCGCUGUCGAGGCAGCGGAGACUCAGGUUGCCUCGGAUAACAAGAGGAAGCUUGAUGAUCUGGAGCCUCUCGAGAAUUAUGAGGCCCCUGCCAAGAAGCAGCAGAUCGACAUAGCGGAGCCCACUUCAGAGAGUUCGGUUCCCGCUGAAGAUCAGGGAACGGUGGCGUCGGAUGAAGCUUCGCGAGAAAUUGGAGCUCAGGAAACUGACGGCUCUGGAUACCCGACCACGGAAAAAAAUGUUGCAGUGGCUGAUAGCACGACGUCAGACUCGGCGCAUGGUAUCACUGCAGUUGACGGGAAUGUUGAAGAGCACUCAGGCCAGAAUGAAGAGAUUGGCGGGGAAGGUCUUAGGCAGGCGAUGAUGGAAAAGGAGCCAUUAGGGAAUGGGCAAAUUUCAUCAACAAGCAACAUAGAACAUGCUUAUAUUGACGAUGCACAAAAUGCUUCUUUGGCUCCUCAGCAAGAUGGUUUUCCACAUGAUAUGCAUCAGAUUCCGUAUGAUCUUUCAAGUUCAUCACGGAAAAUUGAAGUUCCAAACAACAAGGUUGGUAUCCUUAUUGGCAAAUCCGGGGAAACUAUUAGAUUUCUUCAAUUAAAUUCUGGGGCAAGUAUUCAGAUCACAAAGGAUGCUGACGUUGGUCAACUUUCUUCCACUCGACCUGUUGAGCUGACAGGGACUCCGGAAAAUAUUAAUAAGGCAGAGCAGUUGAUAAAAAAUGUCAUUGCUGAGGCUGAUGCUGGAGGAUCUCCGUCAUUGGUGGCUAGGGGAUUUAGUACUUCACAACCUGACAGUGAACAAAUUGAGAUACAAAUACCAAAUGGGAAGGUUGGAGUGAUUAUUGGUAAAGGUGGCGGAACUAUAAAGAACAUGCAAACAAAAACUGGUGCUCGGAUUCAGUUGAUACCACAACAUCUUCCUGAAGGUGAUUCAUCAAGGGAAAGAACAGUCCGGAUAACUGGUAACAAAAAGCAAAUUGAAUCUGCUAAAGAAUUGAUCAAGGAUGUUAUAAACCAGCCUCCCGUACGACAAUCAUCACACUCCAGCACAACCCAUCCGCCCCAUGGGCCUGCUCCCGUAACUCAAUGGAGUCAUACCCCGACAGCACCAGCUCAGCAGACAGUUGGCUAUAGUCAUCAGCAGAUAGGUAUGUAUCCGCCUCAGACAACUCAAUAUCCUCAAACCUACAAUAGCUAUACUCAGGAACCUCCUACAAGAGGUGCAUAUGGCUCAAGCUGGGAUCAACAAAGGCCUCCAGCUGGUCCUAUGCAGUCUACCCCUCAACAGCCAGGUGGCUACGAUUACUAUAACCAAGGUGGAUUUGUCCGUAACAACCAACCACCAAAUCCAUUGCCUGGAUCUGUUCCAGCUUCAACACCAGCUCCUAUGAACUACAACUAUGCGCAGUCGCAAUCUUCAGAUGUUUAUGGAAAUUCAGCACCCUUUACUCAGCCUCCACCUGCACAGCAGAAAUAUGGAUAUGGCUAUAAUGAACCCACUUAUGACAACCAGCCACCUGGCCCGCAAAUGUACGGUCAGCAGCAGUCCAUUGGUUCACAGCCUGGAAUGUAUGGACAACAAUCAUCCAUACCUUAUGGCAAGCCGGCAUAUAGUGAGCUUCCUCCUUCAUAUGCCCCAGCUCCAGCUCGACCAUCCCAGCCCGAAGAACUGAUGUAUCAAGGUGCUCCACCAGCGCAACAGCCAUAUCCAUACACUUCAAAUGCUCCAACACAACAGGCUCCUUACACUCAGACCUAUGCAACUGCCAAUGGAUACUCGCAGCAGCCGCCACCGUCUGGUGGUUAUCCUCAACAACAUGCUCCAGUAUAUGGCCAAGGUGGACAAGCAGUGCCUGCUCCAUAUGGUCAAUCUGUUCCUCAGUCUAGUGGUUACAGUCAGUACCCUUCCUCCUCUCAGCCAAGCUAUGAUCAGACCGCUCAAAGCAAUGUGAACUAUGGGUACCAGGGGGCUACGACGGAUGCAGCAUAUAUAGGAAAUGCACCCAACUCCGGUUAUGCCGCUCAGCAACCUAUUAGCAACCAGCUUGGCUAUUCUCAGCCUCCAGCCAAUCCAUCAGGUUAUUAUGAUCAGUCGAUGCCUCAACAACCAGGUGGUUAUGCUGUUCCUGGUGCUCCAGUUGGUUAUGCUAAGAGCGUCUCUCCACAGCCAGGAUAUGGCGGUCAGUACGAUUCUGCUCAAAUUUAUGGUCAACACUAAUACCGUUUAAGGGCUCAUACCAAGUAAGGAUAUAUAUAUUUGUAGUCACUAUCGUCAUCAUGGAUUUUAAUUUUCUUCUUAUUUUAAGUGUUAGCGUUCGUAGCAGUUGGAAGUCGGAAGUUGUAUUGUCUUAAUAUUUUGGUAUUUCUGCUACUAGAAUGGUUUAUGGUGAUUUGGUCAAGGCUUCAAGAUGUGCUUGCGCAGCCAACGUUUGAUGAACGAGUUCCUGUCUUAGCUGAACACUGUGUUGGGUCAUUCGAGUGAAGCUUCUAUAUUACUAGUUAUUAUGCCUUGGU